AUGGAGCACUGUCCCAGCGUGCAGCUGCGGCGCGACACGCACCAGCUACGUUUGCUCACACAAAGCACGCGGCGCGAUGCCCUGACCCUGCCAUCUGCUCUUCAUUUUGAAAAGAAUCUGCCGGAAAAGCGAGCCAAUGCAGUGUAUGCUGCUACGCAUUUAUGCGCGCGGUAUGCAGUACUUGUACGGAUCCUCGACCAAGUCAAGCGUCGGAUUCUUGUGUCGCACGGCGACUACACGCCGCAAAAAAUCAUUGAUUGGAAUUGCAGCGCGGGUGAUGCGCUAUGGGCAAGUGUGUCUGUCUUUGGCGGACCGUUUGCUUAUGCAUCCGAGGCUUGGUCGCACUCACUGCUCACGAUGGCGGUCCAAUAUUACCGCCAGGCCACGCGCAAGCGCGCAGACGCAUGGGCAGAGCAGCUUGCGCAAGCCGACAUUUCUCUGCGUCUCCGUGGUGAUACGCCGGUGCAUUACGGGCCGACGCUGCCGGAUGCAGACGCAAACUCUGAGACACUGGGGAUCAACGCUUUUGGUCUGGGGGCGCUGCCCAGCGACGAGGCGCGCGGGCGGCAAGUGCUGCGCAUGUGGAAGAGCGACGCAGCGGUGCUUGUGCUUGUCGAAGAAGCCACGGCGCGGGGAUUUGCAUGCAUUGCAGCAGCGCGAGCGCAGCUAAUGGCACUUUCGCGCGAUACCGACGUGCCUUGCCAUGUCGUCGCGCCAUGGCCGCAUGACGACCCUUGCAUUUUGACGCAUGCAGGGAUGCAGGAAGGCCAUAAAAAACCACGCAAUCUUCCCGACAUGCUUGCGUACACUCAAAUGUAUUAUUUACCGCCGUCUGUGCGCAGCUCAUUGCACCUAAAAACGGAUGGACAUCGUCUAAGGCAGUUUUGCUACUUGAUUGUGCAAAAAACGCCGCGACCGAGCGUGUCGAAUGUAGCGGCGAAGCUUGGCGCGCAGAUACGCAAGGACCCAGUGCUGGUGCAUGCGGCACUCGAUGAAAUGGCCGCAGUGUCCAAGCGCGGGAUUCUUGACACCUUACGGAGCGGCCGUCGCGCCGCACAAGUUAUCGAGGAGGUUGCACAAGAUGCAGAAAUAAGCGGUGCGCCAGGGGAGUGCGCAGACGAUGCAGUACAGGCGUGUGUGCACGCACUCGAGGCUACUGGCUUUAAUGCUGACCAGGCACUAAAGCUUGAUGCUUAUCAAUGGCCUAGGAUAUUGCAGACACCGCUGAAAAAAGGCGGCCACGUCACGAUGGAUGCAUACAUGCCGUCCGGUGCAAUCCAGCGAUUUACUGUUGCCAAAUCUUCGGGGCGUCAGGCGUACCAGGAUGCACGCAAGGCACGGCAUGGCGAUUUAUUUCCGCACUAUGACCUGGCAAGUACGCCGAACACACUUGCUCCGAGCGUCGCAGAGAUGCGAGCCAACGCACAGACGCCUGUUGAGCCAGAUCUCCUUAUCGAUGCAAUGCUCGCUGCACCAAAUACUGACCGGGCGGCGCACGCACAGCAGAUUCUGGACGCUGCGCGGCGCACGAUGAAUACCCCAAAGCACAACAUGGAGCGCUUGCCGCAUGCAGAGGCGUAUGCGUAUCAACAUUUGGGCCCCGAAGCGCAGCAUUACGCCCGAAUCGGCGGCAGCUCAGUGCAGCCCAAGAGUCGAUAUGCUCCGAAACGCACUGGACGUACUAGCCGAAAACCGAACCGACGUGUACUGGACGAGGAAAUGCAAGGAUGGGAUACAUAG